AUGGCGCAUUCUCUCCUUGGAAUGGUCGAUAUUCUCAAAACAGGAGGAUUUUUCGCUUGUUACGUCAACAUCCACAUAGUGUGCGACGAAAUCUGCGCGGACGUGCGAGAGUAUUUAGGAGGGUUUCGAGAAACCAUAGAAAUGGCUGCUCGCUAUUUCUUUUUCAACUUGAAGAAGAACGGCAGACCAGAUGCCUUUGUUUAUAAAGUAUGUUUUUUUGAAGUUUUUCGAAUUUAAAUAGUUCUCAUGAAGUAAAUAUAUAUUGCUUUGCAGAUUCGUUUUUGAUGAAAAGCUGGCUGGUGUUCAUUCCGGCCGAUUAUGUACGGUUACGGAUCAUGAUGGCACAACGAAUUAUCAUAUAAAAACGAACUACGGAGGACCAAAAAAAUCAAGCUCUCGGUCCGGAAUGCCGCCAAAUCUUCGAGAAGUAUUCGGUUAUUCGCUCCUCCAGCUGAUUGGAGUUGGACCUGAGUCGCAUUUUUUCUGUCCUCCUCCUGGAACUUCGACUAGGACAAUCUUUAUAGCAACAAAGUCCGUACUCAAUUUUGAGAGUAAUCGAAUGGAUCAGCUCACUACGAAGAGCAAAAACAUCAAAAACAUUCUGAUCGAAAUUCACGUUCUGUGCUCUAUUUUUUGUAUAACAGACGUUCAUCAAGACAAUUGUGGUCAGGUCGAUGGGAAAACAAUCAUCAUCGAUUUCGCCAUACCCUUUCGAGAAGGUAUGUUUUUAUGAAAUGUAUAAGAAACGAAUUAUCAACAUUUUUAGGGUAUCAACGGGAAAACGUUUGUCAGCUUGUUCGCGAAGGAACGCCCGCUCCUGUUGACACUCUCGUGAACGGCGUUGCAAACAGAGAGCUCCGAAAAGUAGUGGAGGCAUGUUCUUCAGACGAACGCAUCAAGAUUGCAAGAACUGCGAUAGAUAAAUGA